AUGGCACGCAAGCCACCAUCCGUUUCUAGUCAUAAACCAAAAAGAAACAACGGGUCUACAAACAAAAAGAAAUUCGACGCUGCUGGGUAUGCCAAACGACACUCGCGCAAAGCUGCCAAAGCAGCUCAUGGUCAGGAUGAUAACGACGUCUACGAGUACACACCCGAGAAAUCCCGUCGCUCAAAGAUCGGCCUGGAUUUGGACCGGGAUGAAGAGGCAGGAACAGGGAUUGGGAAUGUAGGUGAUGAGGGUAUGGAGAUGGAGAUGGAGGAUAUGCGAAUGAAAGUCAGGCUUUUGGAAGAGGGUGAUAAAGUAGACACCGACGACGAGAACGAGGAGAUUGACAGUGAUGCUGCGUUUGAGGAGAGUGACGAGGAACGGUUUGCUGGGUUCUUCUCGAGCAAGAAGAAAGUCAAGCCCUCGAAGAAGAAGACCCGGGUCCGCUUUGCGGAGGUCAAUCUUAAUGAAGAUGAGGACAUGGUGGAGCAGGACGAUGGCUCAGGGCCAAGCGAUGAGGAGGAGGAGGAAUCUGGAGAAGACGAUGAGUUUAUCGACGUCCUUGAUAUUCUGGAUGGUAGAGGGGAACCCUUGAACGACGACGACGAGGCCACUACGAGCCCCGAUAGGCCCCGCGCCUCAAAGUCGAGUAUUGAUGGAAAUAAGGAUAGCGGCAGUCAAGACGAGCAAGAUGAAGACGACGAAGACCAAGAUGACAAUAUCUCGAUAUCACUCUCUGACGCCGAAGAGGAAGCAACAGGCGCCCUUGAGGAGCUUCAAGAUUUUGUCUCUUCCUUAGAUCCCUCAUCCUCCAAAAAACGCCGAGCCGAUGACGAACCCUCCUCAACUUCAGAAUCCGUCUCACGGCCCAAGAAACGACGAAUAAUCAAGGAGCAAACAGAGGCUGGCGAAGAGAAUGAAUUUAGGACCAAGGGAGCAGGCCUUACUCUUACGGAUCUCCUUGCCCCACUCUCCGGUAAUGCGACUGCUGCAUUCGAAAAAUCCGUGAAAGUGCUUCAACAGACAAGCUCUACCAGCAAAAAGAAACCACAAACACUCUCCGCACCCCUUCCUCAGCGUACACAAGAACGACUUGAUCGUGCGGCAGCGUACGAGCAAACUAAAGAGGAAGUCCAGAAAUGGAGUGCGACGAUGAAACGAAUACAAGAGGCUGACCAUCUGAGCUUCCCACUUCAACCCAAGGAAACUCAAGGACGGGUAUCCAAUCUGGAAUUAGCCGCUAAAUUUAAACCAACAACUGCCCUCGAAUCUACAAUAUCGAACCUUCUAACCUCGGCUAACCUCGCAACUGACGUUUCAGUUCUCCAAACAGAGGAGAACAUGCUCAAGGCGAAUGAACUCUCGGUCGAAGAAGUUGCCGAGCGACGAAAGGAACUACGCAAAAUGCGUGAAUUAAUGUUCCGUGCUGAAGUGAAGGCAAAGCGGGUUAAGAAAAUCAAGAGCAAGGUUUAUCGGCGUAUCAAACGGAAGGAAAGGGAAAGGGGGGACAACGAACUUGAUGUGGACGUUGAUGAGGAGGAGGCGAGACUGCGACACGAGACUGAGCGUGCCCGGGAACGUGCAACUCUCAGACACAAGAAUACUGGCAAAUGGGCGAAAUCUGUAACGAAGCGGGGAGGGUAUGGUGAAGAUGAAGGGGACGAUGAUGGCGUACGAGGUGGUAGACAGGAAAUUGAGGAUAUGUUGGCUAGAGGAGAACAGCUCCGUAGAAAGAUUGCUGGGAAGGAUGGCGAUAGUGGAGAAAGUGAAAGUGGUAGUGAUGAAGACAAAGACGAGGAUGACGAUGUUCGUGGGGCGUUUGAUGAGCUGAAAGCACUCAGAGAGGAACCACUUGAACAGGACGAGGACGGGGGGAAGGAACGGAAGAGUGGGACAAUAUUUGAUAUGAAGUUUAUGAGGGAUGCCGAAGCUAGGAAACAGCAACAGGCCAAUGCCAUGGUCGACGACUUUAUUCGGGAGAUGGGCCAGGAUUUGGGGCAUGAAGACAGUAUUGGAAAUGUAGGAGAAGCAUCCGGAGGCGGCGUUUUGGUCUCUCGCACUGGUGGUAGAAUGGUCUACCGUCCAGGUGCUCCUGUAACAUCUUCGACUAUGGUCGGCAGCACAAUCGAAAAGGCACCUUCAGAGGGAAGCUCUACCCUUAAAUCCGCUACCGACCUCUCUUCCGCACCUCCCUCGCCGAUCGUCUCCACAGUUUCAAAUGUGCGACCCCUUCUUUCUCAGCAAUCCGAAGCAGGCAUCUCCUCCGGCGAUCCGCCAAAUCCUUGGUUAGUACCUGCUGAAGCCCGGGGUGCAAAAGCGCCACGGAAGAAGAACGAGGUCGUCGUCGAAAAAGAUAGCUCUGUAAUGAGCAAAUCCAAAAAUAAGCUAAAGAAACAGGCCAAGAAGGCAGAAAUUGACAAGGCCAAAGCAAAGGACGACGCGGUGGUCGAGAUCCAAACAGACACCAUUCUGAGUGCUACCGCUAAAGGAAAGGCCAAAGCACCUUCAAGUGCCGAAGAGGGCGAUGAUGAUUCGGACGUUAAUAGCGAGGUCGAUGCUCAGGAAGCGGCGCUGUUAAAGAAGGGAAAGAAGGGUAAAGGGCCCACCGCGUUUGAACAGAGGGAUCUUGUUGCCCGUGCUUUCGCUGGGGACAGUGUUGUGAAGGACUUUGAAGAAGCUAAGCGGCGAGAAAUCGCGAUGGAUGCUCCCAAAGAAGUCGAUACUACAUUACCUGGUUGGGGUUCUUGGGGUGGAAGUGGCACUAAGAAAGCACCUCCAAAACCACACCUUAUCAAGAAAGUUGCUGGUGUGGAUCCCAAAACUCGAGCUGACUACAAAAAAUCCCAUGUCAUCAUCUCGGAGAGACGAGAUAAGAAAGCGGCUAAAUACCUAGUCAAUGACUUACCGUACCCGUACACGAGCAAGGCGCAGUACGAACGUCGAAUGGAACAGCCAUUGGGUCCGGAGUGGAACACAAGGGUUGGUUUCCAGAGAGGCACAUUACCGAAAGUCGUCAAGAAGAUGGGCACUGUUAUUGACCCGUUGGAAAAGUUGUUUUGA